AUGGAGGUGAAGCAUCGCGCGGCGCGAUCGCUCGUCCACCGCCUCGCCUCCGCCCCUGUCCGGUCAGGCGCCUUCGCUGAAGCCGCCGCCGAAAUCCGACGACUCUCAAAGGACGACCCUGAGAUGCGAUCGCCCCUCGCUGAGUCUGGCGCGGUCCCGCUCCUCGGGUCCGCGCUCCUUGAGUUUGACUCCUCGGCGGCCGAGGCCCAGGAGAACGCCUCCGCCGCGCUGCUCAACCUCUCGAUCUCCGCCCGCGAGGCUGUGAUGUCCACCCCUGGCAUCCUCGACGCCCUCGCCGCCGCCCUUCGCCUCCCCUGCCCUUCCACCGCACAGAACGCUGCCGCCACCGUCUACAGCCUCCUCUCCGUUGACGAGUACCGGCCCAUCAUCGGGUCCAAGCGGUCGGUCAUCGCGGCCCUCUUGGAUCUCUUCCGCGGCCUCGGGGUCACGCCGACCCGGUCCAUCAAGGACGCACUCAAGGCGAUCUUCCUCCUCGCUCUCUACCCGCUCAAUCGCGCCACUCUCGUCGAGAUGGGCGCCGUCCCGCCGCUCUUCGCGCUGGUGGUGAAGGACGGGCGGCGCGGGGUUGUGGAGGACGCUACCGCGGUGAUCUCCCAGGUGGCCGGAUGCUACGAGAGUGUGGAGGCGUUCCGGAGGGUGGCCGGCGUCGCCAUACUGGUGGAGUUGGUGGACGCGGCGACGGGGGCGAGCGGGAGGGCUAGGGAGAACGCGGCGGCUGCGCUGCUGAACCUGGUGAUGAGCGGCGGGGACAAGGCGGUGGGCGACAUCAUGGAGUCGGAGGGGGCGGAAUCGCUGGUGCGUGAACUCGCCGAGGGCGUCGGCGGCGAGGUCAGCGCUAGGGGGAAAAGCAAGGCGGCGGACCUGCUCCGUGUCCUUCAGCGCUCGCGCGGCAGCCACCUGGUGCACGGCCUUCAGGAGGACACCGAGACCAGCACCGACUCAGCGCCGCAAUCGCUGCUCUUCUCUUCCUCCUCCUACACUGUUCUUCGUGCACCAAAUAGUAAGGAAACUAAUUAUAUAAACAAAACAGAACUUUGCAAAUUGUCUCAUAAUAUUAGGGAAUUCCUGACCAUUUAA